CGUGGGAGCACAGACUCGCUCACAGCAAAACAUACUAUAGCGCAGCCAAGGUCUGCAGAGCUCCGGCUGUCUGUCACGUACGUGCGUAUAUACAUACACGCAGCCCGCCAGCCAUGUCUGCCGCCGCAUGCGUCUCCUUCUGCCCCUCCCCCGCGUCCUCUCGCCACGGCGGGCCGAUCGUCGACUUGGCCGGGCUGCCGCCGGCUACGGAGGCGGAGGAGCGCGGCGCCCAGAGGGACCUCCUGGAGUUCGGGGUCAACGGAACGAUCGGCGCCAACAGUGACAGUGACGAAGAUGCUGCUGCUGCUGAGAUCGAUGACGAGGAGGAGCACUCGGUGAGGAGGCCACGGGCGGUGGUUCAGAAGUUCAUGUGCGAACGCAAGGCUGUCGGCGACGGCUUCGCUCUCCGGAGGAGCAUUGGCAGGCCUGAGUUGCAGAGCUUGGAUCCUUUCAUCUCCUUGGAUGAGUUUGAAUUUUCUCGUCCAGCUGGCUUUUCUGAUCAUCCACACCGAGGAUUCGAGAAUGUUACCUACAUGCUUGAGGGAGGCUUGAGUUACCAUGACUUUUCAGGCCACAAGGGCACGAUCAACACCGGAGAUGUUCAGUGGAUGACGGCCGGGCGUGGUGUGGUGCACGCAGAGAUGCCGGGUGGUGAGGGGGUGCAGAGGGGCCUCAACCUCUGGCUCAACCUCUCCUCAACAGACAAGAUGGUGGCGCCGAGGUACCAGGAGCUGAGGAGCCGCGACGUCCCCACGGCGGAGAAGGACGGCGCGUCCAUCAAGGUCAUCGCCGGCGAGGCCCUGGGCGCGCGCUCGCCGAUCCAGACGCGCACCCCGGCCAUGUGGCUCGACGUGACCAUGCGGCCCGGCGCGCGCCUGCGCCAGCCCGUCCCAGCCGGCUGGAGCGCGUGCGCCUACGUCAUCGACGGCGAGGCCAGCUUCGGCCAGCCAGGGGACGAGGCGGCCGGCGCGCAUCACUGCGUCGUGUUUGGCGGCGACGGCGAUGGCGUGGACGUGCGGAGCGAAGGCGCGGGGACCCGGUUCUUGCUGCUGGCGGCGCGGCCGCAUGGCGAGGCGGUGGCGCUGGACGGGCCCUUCGUGAUGAACACGAGCGAGGAGGUGCAACAGGCCAGGGAGGACUACCUGAACCGCCGCAACGGCUUCGAGAUGGCCGCCGGCUGGACCUCUGGCCAGUGACCACAGUCGUGCAUUCACAGACAUUGGUGAGCCAACGAGAGAAGAAGGUGCCAUGGCAGUCGACGGCACAACGGGGCUGCAUUGCAUGUAUUUUUUUUUCUGCCUAGUGAUCGGUCUAGCUCAAAAUCCAAUCCAAAGGCCCACGGGGUUAUUUGUUCUAGUCAAGAUAUAAGUGUUCUUUAUGGCGAAAGAAAAAUAUAAGUAUUGCAUGAUGGUCA